GGGGCGGGAGCAGCGCGGGACCUCGGCUUCUGGACCUCGCCGUGAUGGGCUGCCAGCCCUUGCUCAGCCCGUGUCUCUCCUGGAAGAGGAUCCUCGGCAUCUUUUUCCUGCCAUUUAUCUUACCUAAUUUUGCUCGUCGGAUUAAAUAUGAAAAUAAUCUUCUAUAUGCAAGAGCACUUCAACUCCAGUCCAGGUAUAAUUUCUCUCAUCUGACCCCUCUCCAGCUGAAGAACAGAUCUGUAGGACUAAAGACGAAGAGCACAGGUUGGACUAAGCCAUACUUCACCCUGGAGGGGCACAAGUUCCUGAUCUUUGGGGGCUCCAUCCACUAUUUCCGGGUGCCCAGGGAGUACUGGCAGGACCGGCUGCUGAAGCUGAAGGCCUGUGGCUUCAACACUGUCACCACCUACGUUCCCUGGAACCUGCACGAGCCCCAGAGAGGCAAAUUCGACUUCUCUGAGAACCUGGACCUGGAGGCCUUUGUCCUGUUGGCUGCGGAGAUCGGGCUGUGGGUGAUUCUGCGUCCAGGCCCCUACAUCUGCAGUGAGAUCGACCUUGGGGGCUUGCCCAGCUGGCUCCUGCAAGACCCCGAGUUGAAACUGAGAACGACCAGCCCGGGCUUCCUGGAAGCGGUUGAUAAGUAUUUUGAUCAUCUGAUUCCCAGAGUGAUUCCUCUCCAGUACUCCCAGGGAGGCCCUGUCAUCGCACUGCAGGUGGAGAAUGAAUAUGGUGCAUACGCCCAGGAUGUAAAGUACAUGCCCUAUCUUCACAAGACCCUGCUGCAAAGAGGGAUUGUGGAGCUGCUCUUGACCUCUGAUGGUGAGAAGGAAGUUCUGAAAGGCCACAUCAAAGGAGUGCUGGCCACUGUCAAUUUGAAAAAGCUCCGCAAGAAUGCAUUCAGUCAGCUCUAUGAAGUACAGAGAGGUAAGCCACUUCUGAUCAUGGAAUUCUGGGUCGGCUGGUUUGACAGGUGGGGAGAGAGCCACCACAUUACAAAUGCGGACAACCUUGAGUACAAUGUGUCUAAACUCAUCAAACACGAGAUCUCCUUCAACUUAUACAUGUUCCAUGGAGGAACCAACUUUGGCUUCAUGAACGGGGCCUCGUAUAUGGGGAGGCACGUCAGUGUUGUCACCAGCUACGACUAUGACGCUGUGCUGACAGAGGCAGGAGAUUACACGGAAAAGUACUUCAAGCUCCGAAAACUCCUUGAAAAUGUCUCAGUAACACCCCUGCCCAGUUUACCGAAACCUACCCUCCCUGCUGUGUAUCCUCCUGUGAAGCCAUCGCUCUACUUGCCGCUGUGGGAUGUCCUCUCUUACUUAAAUGAGCCGGUCAAAUUGAAUCAACCAGUCAACAUGGAGAAUCUUCCUAUAAACAAUGGGAGUGGUCAGUCCUAUGGGUUCGUCCUUUAUGAGACCCGCAUCUGCUCUGGAGGCUUCCUCUGGGCUCAUGCUCACGACAUAGCAGAGGUAUUUUUGAAUGAGACAAUUAUAGGAUUUUUGAACGAGGCUGUUCGGGGUCUGCGCAUUCCUCAAUUCAGGGACUGUCAGCUUCUGAGGAUCCUGGUGGAGAAUCAAGGACGAAUCAAUUAUUCCUGGAAAAUGCAGAAUGAGCAGAAAGGAUUAACUGGAUCUGUGACCAUCAAUAACAUUACCCUGGAGAAUUUUACUAUCUAUUCCCUGGAGAUGAAAACGAGCUUCUUUGAGAGGCUCCGCUCUGCCACCUGGAGGCCUGUCCCACUGAGAUAUCUGGGCCCUGCCUUUUACCGUGGUACCUUGAAAGCUGGCUCUUCUCCCAAGGACACCUUUCUGAGGCUGCAGAACUGGCAUUAUGGAUUUGUGUUCAUCAAUGGACAGAACCUUGGGCGGUACUGGAAUAUUGGGCCUCAGAGAACACUUUACCUUCCUGGUACCUGGCUUCAUCCAGAAGACAACGAGAUCAUCGUGUUUGAGAAGAUAAUGAGUGGCUCAGACAUCCAAUCUACAGACAAGCCCAUGCUAUAAAACGCUGUUCUAACCUAUUUCUUGGAUUGUGAGAGUUCAUUUAUAAGUUGAUUUUGAGGAAGAGGAUUUAAGACCAUCAGGUACAAUGUUGCUUAUAACAGCAAAAAUGUGAAAACUCAAACCAUCAACAGACGAGCGGUUGCAUAUUUUAACAGAUAGCAACACGGUGCCUUUAAAAAGGCUUUAAAAAGUCUUCAAAAUCCUUAAUGACUUGUUUAUCUAGUUAAAUGCUUGAUCUUUAUCAGAUUCUUUUUCUCUAAUCCUUUA